UCUAUUAUAUUCUUCGUCGAAUAUUUUUAUUUAUUUCUUAUAUCCUUCAUCUCUUCUUAGUGAACUCAGCAACUCAUUCCUCAAAAAAGCCGUUUCCAUGGCUAUGGGAUUUUCUAGGGUCCCCUUGCUGCGGCGGUUCCCCGUUUCUUCUCCGGCGCUACCUUAUUCUCCCUCACUUCAACGCAACCGUAAAUUCAACAUCUCCGCCUCUCUUUCUACUACAGAAGAAUCUACUUCUUCCCUAAUUCAGCCUACACCCGCCAGUACCCGGUGGAAGCCAGUGUGUCUCUAUUUUACUCAAGGUAAGUGCAAUAAGAUGGAUGAUCCUAUGCAUAUUGAUAAGUUUAAUCAUAAUUGCUCGUUGGAGCUUAUGAACAAUGCUGCGAGACUUGAGAAUUUGCGGCAGCAGGAGUUUGAUUACUUUUUGGUGCUUGAUUUGGAGGGUAAAGUUGAGAUUCUCGAGUUUCCUGUUCUCCUCUUUGAUGCCAAAACCAUGGAUAUUGUUGACUUGUUUCAUAGGUUUGUGAGGCCAACAAAAAUGCACGAAGAAAGAAUAGAUCAAUAUAUAGAAGGGAAAUAUGGAAAGCUAGGAGUUGAUCGUGUCUGGCAUGAUACAGCUAUACCAUUUGCAGAAGUUAUCGAGCAGUUUGAAGUUUGGCUAGGUGAACGCCAGUUGUGGAGAAAUGAACUGGGUGGCUGUCUUAAUAAUGCUGCCUUUGUUACUUGUGGGAACUGGGAUCUGAAGACUAAAGUUCCCCAGCAGUGCACCGUAGCAGGGAUGAAAUUGCCACCGUAUUUUAUGGAAUGGAUUAAUCUGAAGGAUGUGUUUCUGAACUUCUACAAGAAGAAGGCACCAGGAAUGCUCUCAAUGAUGAGAGAACUCCAGAUUCCUUUGUUUGGAAGCCAUCACCUUGGAAUAGAUGAUUCAAACAACAUAGCAAGAGUAAUACACCAUAUGCUAACUGAUGGUGCCCUUUUGCAGUUAACAGCUAGAAGAGACCCUCGUUCUCCUGAAAAAAUUGAAUUUCUUUUUAAGAAUCGCAUUGUAUAACUAGUUCCUGCUGAACCAUUUUGUUAUCACGGAAUGUUCUCAAGUUUCAGUUGAGGUCUGUUGUAUUCUGUGAAGCAUCAUACCCACCCAUGGGGCCCUGACCCUGCCAAGACCAAAAAAGGUAAACAAAAAAGAUGAAAGAGAGCAAGAAGGUAAAAGUACAAACCUAUUGGUGGAGACUUGCAUCAGUGUUUGUACAUUAUCAUUUCCUUUCAAUUGUUAGACUAUGCACCAAGUUGCUGGAGUUCUUAUCUGGGAAAAUCAUAAACCUUUCUUGGUAGAUUGGGCUGGUUUCAUGGAUUUAUUCUUGUUUGAUAAUUGUUUCCCCUUUCUUCUUGCAAUCAUCAUAUGUAUAUAUGCAUGUAUUAGCAUAUUUGUUCUUUGUAACUGGGAAGAACAGCUAAUUGAGCUGGAAACUAGUUAGAGUUCCUUUUAAUCCAAGGCUGCCUAUUGAAGUUGCACUUAGUACUUAA